GACCGAGUCAGGUGAUUUCUAAGGAAGCUGGAGAUUCAUUCAAUCCUCCACAGAGAGGGGAGCCCGCCCAACCCGGAUGCACAGAUCGUUUGUGGAGCGGUCAGUUGUGGGGUUCAGCUCGCAUGAUAGGGGGUAUUUCAGCACCACCCAGAACGGACAGCUCCCGCGGCGUUCACCUUUAUUUCCUCGCCGCUACUGAGACCUGCUGCACCCGCUGCUUCUCGCGCAGGGGACCGCGACACGCACGCACGAACCAGAGGGGUUUGGUGCAACAGACUGUAUGCCGGAUUUGACGCUGUUAAGGAGGUCAUUUGCAUGCCGAAUCUCGCCGGGUGUAGCAGCUCUACCUCGGUACUGACAAACGAUGGCGGAGUGUGGAAGGAGGGGACUGUCGCUCCUCGAGGAAGCGCGUUCUCGCUACGAGAGCCUGCAGAUUUCCGAUGAUGUAUUUGGGGAGUCGGGAGACGACAGCAGCGAAAACCCCUUUUACAGUACAACGGGAGACUCCAAUUCGGAUAACUACACGGAGACGAAUACGGUCGAUGCCAGAGCCGGUGAAACUAGGAGUCAGAGCUGCGGUCCUCCCGGGUCUGUUUCCAACGGCCAGGCGCAGGAGGAGGGAUGGAGCGACACGCUACUGGACUUCAGCGUGCCCCACUAUCAGGACACGCAUGGUCCGACACAGAAAAUGCCAGCCAAUGCAACGGCCAUGGACUUCUUCCAGCUGUUUGUCCCUGACAACGUCAUUCAGAACAUGGUGACCCAGACCAACAUGUAUGCCAAAAAGUACCAGGAGCGCUUUGGAAGUGAUGAAGGAUGGACCAAUGUGACGCUGGCUGAGAUGAAGGCUUUUCUGGGUUAUGUUACUUCUACUAGCGUGAACCGUUGUGAAUCAGUGCUGAGCAUCUGGAGCAGCGGAUUCUUCAGUAAUCGCAGCAUCGCGCUCAAGAUGACCCAGGCGCGUUUCGAGAAGAUCCUCAAGUACUUCCAUGUCGUAGCCUUCCGCUCCAGCCACGGUGGCAGUCAGGGCCUCUAUAAGAUCCAGCCCUUCCUGGACUCUCUUCAGCAGAGCUUCAGCUCUACCUUCAGGCCCUCACAGACACAGGUCCUCCAUGAGCCCUUGAUUGACGAGGAUCCUGUGUUCAUUACUACAUGUACAGAGAGAGAGCUGCGCAAGAGGAAGAAGAGGAAGUUCAGCCUGUGGGUGCGUCAGUGCAGCGCCACCGGUUUCAUCGGCCAGAUCAAUGUCCAUCUAAAGGAGGGCCCAGGUCCAGAUGGUUUGGACACACUGAAAAAUAAACCACAGCUUCACAGUCUGGUGGCCAAGCAGCUCUGUCAGAAUCUGGCUGGCCGUAAUGCUAUCAUCUUCACUGGUCCAAGCAUCACAAGUCUAAACUUGUUUCAAGAAUUUGAGAAACAGGGCAUCUACGGCUGCGGGUUGCUGAGCACCAGGAAGAGUGAUUGUACAGGUCUUCCUCAGUCUAUGCUGAUCAAUACUGAGGCUCCACAGCAACGUGGCCAGUCUCACGUUAAGAUGAGAGGCAAUACAUCCAUAAUCAACUGGUACAACAAAGGCAACUUUAGGUUCCUCACUAACGCCUACUCUCCCACCAAAGAAGGGGUGAUCAUUAAGAGGAAGAGCGGAGAAAUCCCAUGUCCCCUUGCUGUGGAGGCCUUUGCUGCACACCUGAGUUACAUCUGCAAAUAUGAUGACAAGUACAGCAAGUAUUUCAUUUUUCACAAGCCCAACAAGACCUGGCAGCAGGUGUUUUGGCUGACCAUCAGCAUUGCCAUCAACAACGCCUAUAUUCUUUACAAGAUGUCAGAUGCCUACCACGUGAAACGCUACAGCCGGGCACAGUUCGGCGAGAGGCUGGUCAAGGAGCUUCUGGAUAUGGACGACUGCUCACCCACUCAGUGAAAGGAUUUGCAUGCAGUCUCAAACCCACCCACGUCAACACAUUCAUACUAACAUGCUCAAAUACAAUUGCAUUCUGCACUUCAGGAUCAGUUCGAAUGAACAAACCCUAUACAUAAAGCAAAAUGUGCCAAGUCUGGUUGAAAAAGGGAUGUUUCCCAUCUAAACUCACAUUUGUAACCGCAUUUGGCCAUUUGACAAGUCUGUUUGGAUACUACAGGACUAUUGUACAUAUGCCACAGUAAUACUUGCUGCAUGAGAAACACAAUAACGUGCCCUUUGUAGAUGUUCAUUGAUUUUUAUCAAUAGAGUUCCAGUAAUAGUGUUAACGUAGUUUUGAACCCUGAGGUACAAUGUUUUGUGACUUCUCUCUGUUUGUGAGCAGCAUAUCCAACAUUCAGCACUGAUAAAUAUACUGUAUAUACUUGGUGAUUAAGGUGUUUUAUCAGCAAAAUGAGAAUGUAAUGCAAUUCACAUGUUAGAUCACAGAACAUAGUAGAUGUUCUCCCAAAUAUCUGGGCUUUUUUCUAUUUUAUAUCACUUAAUAUUUAUCUUUAUAACUCUUUUUUUAAAAGGCAACAACAUUAGUGAUGUAUAAUGCCACACAGAUAACCAUAAACGUGGCACUACUACGCUUUCCCAGUCUUUUUUGCACUUGGAAGUAGCCGUCAGGAUUCGCAAAAGUCACUUGAUUUUCAGUAAUAUUGAUCCCAAACUAUAUUUCCCAUCAAAUCUGAUUUCAACAUAACAUAUAAAAUCAUUUGUCUGCCUUUCAUUAAUAUACAUAUAAUUUUGUCAUUGAAAUGAUUAUAAAUCUAGUAAAAGGGCCCCAUAUACAGUAACAGUAGUAUACCAAAAAUAAUGUAAAUAUGAUUUCUAUUCAUUAAUUGAUAUAUUUUUUAUUGUGUGUCAUUUUAAUUGAUUAUCUAGGGGCAUUGAUGCGAAUGAAUAAAAGGAAAAUGAAUGGAAUUAUAAAAGACUUUAACUAGAAUGUUUCUCUACCUGUAACUGGGUGGAUUUAUGUGGUGUUUUGUUGUUCCAGAAUCUAUAAUAAGGUCAAUUCUCCAUGCCGCUAUAUUGUAACUGUAUUAAUGACAGAUACAUUUCGCAGCGCAUGGCGUAAUUUGUCCCUUCAAAGAACUGAAGCAGAUUCAUUUUAGAAGAUUUCCCUCAGGUAAUAUAUUUAGUCAAACAUCUCCCACUUUAUCACUGUUUUAUUCAUACUGGAUAAUGACCACUGUAAGUGACAGAUUUACUAUUGGGAGUGAAUUUGUGUUUUAAACGUCCCAGACAUGCUUACUA